UGAAAACAUCUGUUUACCACAGGAAGGGGAAAAGAAAAAACAAAAACACCGACGAGAAAUAAAAGAAGGGAAAACCCAACUGUACUUCUCACACAGCAUCAGCAUACAGCAGUUUGCAGGCUGCAGCCCUCUUCCCGAAUGGAAACAAAAUCAAGAAAUUAGUACACCAUAUCUGCAUGUAAAUGCCAAAAAUAAGAUCACGAAUUUCGUUAGCACCAAAUAGUGUCCAAUUUUUGACAGAGGGGCCUGUGUGAAAACUGAAAACCCCACCGCAUAUGUUUCAAAUUCCCAUCUUUUUUACUCUCUCUACCCGAGUUCUUGUUCUUAGAUUUCUGUACGAAAAAUUCAAAGGAGAUCGAAAGUUAUAAAAAUAUGGGUUCUUUGAUGACAGAGAGUAAUAUGGAGAAUCUAGAAGACUUCGAAACGAAGGAACCCAUUAUUUACAUUAAUGGGGCACGUCGUGUUUUGCCUGAUGGUUUGGCCCAUUUCACUCUUCUUGAAUAUCUCAGAGAUAUAGGCUUGACUGGGACAAAACUUGGUUGUGGUGAGGGUGGUUGUGGGGCAUGCACUGUGAUGGUUUCUUAUCUUGACCAGAAUUCCAAGAAAUGUGUGCAUCUUGCUAUUAAUGCAUGCUUGGCCCCUCUGUAUUCUCUAGAAGGAAUGCACGUUAUUACAGUUGAGGGUGUGGGUAAUCAGAGACAUGGUUUACAUCCAAUCCAGGAAUCAUUAGCUCAAUCACAUGGCUCACAAUGUGGUUUCUGCACUCCGGGUUUUAUUAUGUCACUCUAUGCCUUGCUGAGAUCUUCUCCAAGACCACCCACCAAAGAGGACAUUGAAGAAAACCUCGUGGGCAAUUUAUGUCGAUGCACAGGUUACAGACCAAUAGUUGACGCAUUUCGAGUAUUUGCAAGAACAGAUGAUGCUUUGUACACAAAUGACUCCUCAGGUCGCGCGGGCAGCGAGUUUAUUUGCCCUUCAACAGGUAAACCGUGUUCAUGUGGGUCGAAUGUAAAGGGGGAUGACAAAGAAAUUACCACGAAAAGUAUAUGCUAUGGUAAAGUUAUAAAGCCGAUCUCUUACAAUGAUGUUGAUGGGGCUUCCUACACUGGCAAAGAGCUUAUUUUUCCUCCUGAGCUUAAAUUGAGGAAAUUAACUAGUUUAUGUCUGAAUGGGUCGAACCAACUUAAGUGGUACCGUCCACUAAAGCUUCAGCAUGUGUUUGACAUUAAAGCCCGAUAUCCGGAUGCCAAAUUAGUUGUUGGUAAUACAGAGGUAGGUAUCGAAACAAGGUUAAAAAAUCUGCACUAUCCUGUUCUAAUCCAUGUGUCACAUGUGCCCGAACUCAAUCACAUGGCCGUAAAAGAUGAAGGCUUGGAGAUUGGCUCGGGUGUUAAACUCUCUCAGCUAGUCAAAGUGUUACAAACAGUUAUAGAUGAACGUGCUUCUUUCCAAACCUCAUCUUGUAGAGCCAUCCUUCGGCAGUUAAAAUGGUUUGCUGGGGUGCAGAUAAAAAACGUUGCAUCAAUCGGUGGCAAUAUAUGUACCGCAAGUCCUAUAUCAGACCUGAACCCUCUGUGGAUUGCUGCUCGGGCAAGUUUUCGAAUAUCUGAUAGUAAAGGGAACACACGGACUUGUCCAGCUGAUAAAUUUUUCUUAGGCUACCGCAAAGUGAAUUUGGAGAGUAACGAGAUACUUCUUUCGGUUUUUCUGCCCUGGAACGUGAAGUUUGAAUUCGUGAAGGAAUUCAAGCAGGCUCACAGGCGAGAGGAUGAUAUUGCUAUCGUGAAUGCUGGAAUGCGGGCCCGCCUUGAAGAGAAGGAUGGGAAGUGGGUCGUUUCUGAUGCGUUAGUUGUUUAUGGGGGAGUUGCUCCUUACUCGGUUUGUGCAAUUGAAACAAGUAAAUUUCUUAUUGGGAAGCAAUGGAGCAAAGAGGUCUUGAAGGGCGUUUUGGGGAUACUGGAGAAUGAUAUCGUACUGAAGGAAAAUGCGCCAGGCGGGAUGGUGGAGUUUCGUAGGUCGUUGAUUUUGAGCUUUUUCUUCAAAUUUUUUUUGUGGGUCUGUGAUCAAAUGGAUGGACUGGAUUCUUUUGAUGAAAAAGUACCAGCAUCUUAUCUUUCGGCAAUAAAAGAAUUUCACCACCCCUUUGUUAUAGGAAGUCAGGAUUAUGACAUUGUAAAGCGAGGGAGUGCUGUUGGAGCACCCGAGGCUCAUCUUUCAUCGAGACUCCAGGUUACAGGUGAGGCAGAGUAUACAGAUGAUGUACCCAUGCCUCCUAAUGGCUUACAUGCUGCACUUAUAUUAAGCAAGAAGCCUCAUGCUCGUAUCCUUUCCAUAGACGAUGAAGCAGCAAAAUCUUCCCCUGGGGUUGCGGGUAUAUUUUUUGCUAAGAAUGUGCCUGGGAACAAUAAAAUCGGGCCAAUAGUAAUUGAUGAGGAACUUUUUGCUUCAGAAGUUGUUACGUGUGUGGGUCAGGUUAUUGGGGUCGUUGUGGCUGAUACACAUGAAAAUGCUAAAAACGCUGCUCGAAAAGUGCAUGUUCAGUAUGAGGAACUACCAGCAAUCUUAACCAUUGAAGAUGCCAUAAAGUUUAAUAGCUUUCAUCCCAAUCCUGAAAGACUUCUGAGGAAAGGAGACGUUGAUAACUGCUUCUCUUGUGGGCAGUGUGAUAAUAUAAUAGAGGGAGAGGUCCAUGUUGGGGGUCAGGAGCAUUUUUACCUGGAGCCACAUGGCACUUUUGUAUGGACAGCUGAUGGUGGAAAUGAGGUUCAUAUGAUCUCAUCCACUCAAGCUCCUAUGAAGCACCAGAAAUAUGUGGCUCGUGUUCUUGGGCUGCCAAUGUCCAAAGUUGUCUGCAAGACCAAAAGAAUCGGGGGUGGUUUUGGAGGGAAAGAAACAAGAUCUGCUUUCAUUGCAGCUGUGGCUGCUAUUCCUUCAUAUCUACUGAAUCGCCCUGUAAAGCUUAUAUUAGAUCGGGAUGUAGACAUGAUGAUCACUGGGCAACGUCAUAGUUUUCUUGGGAAGUAUAAGGUGGGUUUUACGAAUGAAGGAAAAUUACUCGCAUUGGAUGUUGAAAUAUUCAAUAAUGGGGGAAACUCUCUUGAUCUUUCGUUUGCGGUGCUUGAACGAUCCAUGUUUCAUUCAGAGAAUGUAUAUGAGAUCCCGAAUAUUAGGGUUAAAGGAAAGGUCUGUUUCACUAAUAUGCCAAGUAACACUGCUUUCAGAGGAUUUGGGGGACCACAAGGUAUGAUAAUUGCUGAAAAUUGGAUUCAACGAAUCUCCAUGGAAGUUAAGAAAACUCCAGAAGAAAUUAGGGAGAUGAAUUUUCAGAGAGAGGGAUCAGUGACACAUUAUGGUCAACCGCUAGAAAAUUGCACCUUAGAGCGUAUUUGGAAACAAUUGAGGAUAUCAUGUAACUUUUCGGGUGCUCGUGAAGAAGUUGAGCAGUUCAACCUUCAUAAUAGGUGGAAAAAACGUGGAGUCGCAAUUGUCCCUACAAAAUUUGGAGUUGCUUUUACUGCAAAGUUUAUGAAUCAGGCAGGUGCACUAGUUCAAGUGUACACAGAUGGAACUGUAUUAGUCACUCAUGGGGGUGUUGAGAUGGGGCAAGGUUUGCAUACAAAAGUGGCUCAGAUUGCUGCAUCCUGCUUCAACAUUCCACUCAACUCUGUAUUUAUAUCCGAGACAAGUACUGAUAAGGUUCCGAAUGCAUCACCUACAGCGGCUUCUGCAAGUUCCGAUUAUUACGGGGCUGCAGUUUUGGAUGCAUGCCAGCAAAUUAAAGCAAGGAUGGAGCCUUUGGAUUCUACCCGUAAUUUUGGUUCUUUUGCUGAGCUUGCUAUGGCAUGCUAUAUGGAGCGAAUAGACCUUUCGGCUCAUGGAUUUUAUAAGACGCCAGAUAUUGGGUUCGAUUGGACAACUGGUGUAGGGGUCCCUUUCAGGUACUUCACUUAUGGGGCUGCUUUUGCCGAAGUGGAAAUCGACACGUUGACUGGGGACUUCCAUACGAGGCGAGCUGAUGUGAUUUUGGAUCUUGGCUUCUCUCUAAAUCCAGCAAUUGAUGUUGGACAGAUUGAAGGGGCGUUUGUGCAAGGUCUUGGAUGGGUGGCUCUUGAAGAGCUAAAAUGGGGCGAUUCUGCUCACAAAUGGGUAUCGCCUGGCUGUUUGUAUACUUGUGGGCCCGGUGCCUACAAAAUUCCGUCCAUUAAUGAUGUCCCUUUCAAAUUGAAUGUCUCCCUCUUGAAGGAUGCUCCAAAUGACAAGGCCAUCCACUCAUCCAAAGCAGUUGGUGAGCCUCCAUUUUUUCUGGCAUCAUCUGUUUUCUUUGCCAUAAAAGAUGCCAUCAUAGCUGCCCGGGCCGAAUCGGGCCUCAAGGAUUGGUUCCCGCUGGAUAAUCCAGCCACUCCAGAACGUAUACGGAUGGCCUGUAUAGAUGACUUCACAAAACCCUUUGUUGAUUCCAAUUGUUUUCGCCCCAACCUUAGUGUGUAGUGCCAUUGCGGAUUCACAAUCGACCACGAAAAAUCAUGAAAUAAUGAGAGAGAGAAAAUAAUGCCAAGUUUGUGAAGGGGAUCAGAUGAUAAAUGGUCGUUGUAAUAUUUAUUGUACAUACUUUGACACACUAUGGUUUACAAUCAUGCAUGUAACAUAUGUAAGAGGGUGCUAAGAGGUGGUGAACAUUUUGCUGCUUGUUAUAUUCUUGGGUUCAUAUUUUAUUUAGUCCAUAUGAUACAGUCAAUCCACACACCAAAUAACACAUAAUUGCGAAAAUGGUGCAAUAAUUGAUUACUUGCGUGGAGAUAUUGGUCGCGAACUUUUGAUUUCCCAAAUAUUCAUAGAUAAUAAUGGGGGAAAAUUCUUAUUUAGUACCCAAGUUUGUGGCC